AUGUGGUUCGGUUCAUAUCGUGCGAAAGCAAAUUAUGCACGAAUGGGUUGCUUUCUCAGCUGUUUGAGGGGUACGAUGCCAGACGGAAACGAACCGUCGGACGGAACCAAGGGACCCGAGCUUGAGCCAAACGGCGAGAGCAGCCUUUCCCCCACCCAGGCGAGGGUGAUGAGCGGGGCGCGCGCGCGCGCCAAGGAAGCAUCCAACGCCGCUCUCCCACGACUCGCGCAAAACUUCCAAAGACUCGGGUACGACAAGGACGUGCUACAAACUGUGUUGAAGUAUCUGCGGGAUGCGGCUCCUAUCAUCAUCCACUUCGACCCCUUUCUGCCGAUAGAACCUGGGUGUUGUUUUUACCGGACGGUCCUGGACGCUUUCCUCGCGGACAGCCACUGUCGCAGCGUGUUCGAGACGGAAGUUACAGCGUCGAACACGGCGCAGCGAGAGGAGAAGGAACGGACGCUCUUUGCGGGCCAGUACGACGGAGAGACAGCCCCCGGAGAACGCCCAAAAUACGGCUCGGUGAACCUGUACAACAUGCCCGGGGGAACCGCGCGCGAUUUCGGAGACUGCUACUUCGAGCUGAAAGCGCAAGUCCGCGCGCGCUGCACCUUCACCUACGGCCCGUCCACGGAGGACCUCGCGCAAACGGUCGCUACCUGCGAGCACCUCGCGCACGUUCUGGUGCGCUUCACGGACGAGGAGAUCCGCUGCCUGGUGGAGCGGAAUUGGUACGCACCGACGUCCGAUCCGAGGAUCAACUUUCUGAUCGAGGCGCAGGUGCACGGUCCGAUCGAGUUUGUGAGGGACGUCAAGGAGCUGCGCUACGACAAGGAGCUGUGGUGUAAGUGGAAGCGGCUUCACAAGUUAGCCAACGAGAAGAGGUUCAAGAUUCGGUCUUACGAGCUGACGCCUUAG